AUGAACUUGCACAAGCUCAUGGAAGGGUUUCUUGAGGAUCUGGUUGGAGGCUGGCUCCGCAGUGACCAUAUCGGUGGUGUGGAAUGUUAUAACCCCCUGGAGCAUGAAUGGAAAGUGCUGGGACCUGUCUCUAGACAUCGCUGUGGUGUGGGUGUGGCUCCUUUUCAUGACUUCAUCUAUGCAGUCGGUGGCUAUGAUGGCACAACCUGCCUCAGUAGCGUGGAGAGGUAUGACCCCACGACGCAGGAAUGGAGACGUGACGUGGCCCCCCUGAGAGAAGGCAAACGAGACAUGGGCAUAGCGGAGCUGGGAGGCUAUCUGUACUGUGUAGGAGGCCGUGACGGGAUCGUAUGCCUCAGCACGGUGGAAAGGUAUGAUCCUCGUGGGAACAGGUGGUGCAGGAUGGCACCCAUGACCUGCCACCGUGCAGGCUUAGGGGUGGCAGUGCUAGACGGCUACCUCUAUGCUAUCGGUGGCUCAGAUGGCCAGUCUCCGCUGUAUUCAGUGGAACGUUACAAUCCUGAGGAGGAUUCAUGGUCCUCUUGCCCUCCCUUGGGCACCUGCAGAGAGAAUUUUGGCUGUGCUACAUUCCAAGGGAAAAUCUAUGCUCUCGGUGGCCGGGAUGACCUCACGGAGCUCUGUAGCGCUGAGCGGUUCGAUCCAGUCACCAAUGAAUGGUCACCGAUGAUGCCCAUGAAAUCAAAGAGGAAUAAGGUGAAAGCUGCUGCAGCCAAUGGAUACCUACUGGCCAUCGGGGGGUUCGACGGUGUCACGCACGUUACCACUGUGGAAGGAUUUGACCUGGAUGCCAACAAGUGGAGACCCUUUGGAAAUACCAAGACCAGUCAUGCUGGUGGAGGUGUGGCUGUGCUGAAAAUGACCAUCUAGGAACUGAGAACUUUCCAACCAUCCUGUGCUGCACUGAACACUAACGAUGAAGUCUGGUUUUGUGGGAUGUAGUGUAAGCCGGAGAGGAGGAAAGGGAGCAGCAGCAGAGUGGAUAAGAUGGGGAAUGGGAUGAUACCUUACUUAAUCCUUUUGUGCUUAUGCAAAUUCCAUAAGACCUGGGGAGUUUAUGCAUGGGGACUGUAGAGCACAGGGUCAUCUUGUUAUCUGAAUGUGAGCCUCCAUUUAAAGAGUUCAUGCUUUGAUCAUCAUGCCAGGAUGUGGUGUUAGCAGUUUCCUUUGCAGUGUAUCUCCUCAUGUACGGAGUGUAGCUGUUUGGUAGGAAGAAGAGCCACAUGGUUAAAGCUCUGGACUUGGUCCUCAAGUUCUGGGCUUGGUUCCUAGCUCUGCCACAAUUUUCUGGUGUGAUCUCGGUCAAGUUACAUAAUUUCUCUUCAGCAUCUUAUCUGUUGG